AGAGAAACCUUAUUGUGUCCAUAGAGAGAGAGAGAGUGAAAGUGAAAGUGAAAGGGAGAGAGAAGGGGUUAUGGGGAACAUAGCUAUGUUAACUUCGUUAUCCCUCUUCCUCUGCAUCUUCUCAAUCAAUCUUGUACCUUCCGCUGUCGCUGUCUGGAUCACAUUACCCGCCUCUGGCACCAAGUGCGUCUCCGAAGAAAUCCAGAACAAUGUCGUCGUUUUGGCCGAUUACGUCGUCGUUCCUGAUGAUCCCUCCCACGUCCCCACCAUCGCCGUCAAGGUGACAUCACCAUAUGGAAACAAUCUUCAUCACAGCGAGAACACAACACAUGGUCAUUUUGCAUUUACAACUCAAGAGACUGGGAACUACCUGGCAUGCUUCUGGGUGGAUGGCCAUAAUAAGCAUGGAGGUGGGGAUGUUAGUGUGAACCUGGAUUGGAAAAUUGGAAUUGCAGCCAAGGAUUGGGAUACGGUUGCUAGAAAAGAGAAGAUUGAGGGAGUUGAGCUUGAGCUGAGAAAGCUGGAAGGAGCAGUAGAGGCAAUCCAUGAGAAUUUGCUCUAUCUGAAGGGCAGGGAAGCAGAGAUGAGGAUCGUGAGCGAAAAAACAAAUGGCAGAGUGGCAUGGUUUAGUGUUAUGUCCUUGGGUGUCUGCAUUGCAGCUUCAGCUUUGCAAUUGUGGCAUUUGAAGCGAUUCUUCCAGAAGAAGAAGCUCAUAUAGAUUAUGCUAGUGUUAAUUUUAUUUUAUUAGUGAAACAACAAACGUAUAAUAACAUAAGCUUUUUUGUGAACUCUACUUACAAGUAGUAGCCAGAAAAUUUAGAUACCAUUUGUAGAGUUUCCAACU